AUGGAUGUGAAUGCGACUUUUCGGGAGGAGUAUAAAUUGUGGAAUAAUCUGUAUCGCGGCAAAAAAUGGGUCUUGGAAAAUCGACUCGAAAAUAACACUGAAGGCAUUACUGUAACCAACAGCAGACGCGAUAUUGGUUUCAGCAAUCUCCCAAUCGAGAAAAUUGUUAACACAACUGGAUUUUCUUUUUGCAGCGGAUCGGACGAAGAUAAAUUUGGUGGAAUUUCCUGGAUACCAAUUUACAACCGGUUUUCAGUCACAUCCUCUUCUCUCGGGCGAACUUUCUGCAUCUUCGACCCCUGA